UUUGUGGGUCACGCAGUCUAGGAACCAUUGUGGCAACACACACACACUUCUAAGACAGUUGUACCCUCAGGUGCAGAGCAGCUCUAUAUCGCACUGCGUCUGGUCUGUGUCGCACUGCGUUAGAGCUGUGUCGCAUUAGCUCAUCAUUACUGCCGUCUACGAUACUUGAAUUCUUCAAAAGGCGGAACAGAGCCUGUGCUAAGAAAGGAUUGACUUUAGCACGAGAUUCAGUUAACCAGGAGACCUGAUUCUCUAUGACGUCUGCAUCCAGCGAGUGAUCAAGUAACUCGCUGAGAAGCCUCAAGAGAAGCCGGAAUUCACGAGUGAGGAAUUGAAUCCCAUAGGGUUGUCAUAGGUUGUCAUGGCAACCCUCACUCGAGCCCUUGCCCUCCUAGUCACCUUCGGAGUGUGCGCGGGCUUGCUGGUGGGUCCAGUACGUCUGGUGGACAACAAGCGAUACAUCUCCUACGGUCUCGGACCCUCGCCUAACAACAGCCUCCUGGAGUGUCCCUACGUUCUCGAUCUCACCAAAAACGAGGUUUUGCAGAAGAUCUCAUGGAACUUCUUCCACGAGAAGAACGGGAACAAGGUGAAUGGCAGCUACGAGUGGACUCCCUCAGGCGGUGGUAUAGCCACAGGCGCGCUGGAAGGGGUAGUGAAUCUAAAUGCUCAUAAUGGAAGUUUGGAACUGACUGAGCUGCGAUACGACCUGGGCGGCUACUACGAGUGCUCCGCCACUCUCACCAACGGUCAGACUCAGAAGGCGGAGAAGUGGGAAGCUCUCAUUAUAGAUACAACAUCAAGUUCGACCUCUACGAAGAGCGAGAUUAGAGAAGGAGGUUGUGUUACCGUGAGCAGUGUACAGCUUAACACCAUCUACCCGGAGCCGACGGUGCAUAGCGGCAUGUAUUCACCCAGUCUUCAGGGCUACUACGACCAGGUCACCGCCCAAGAGUGGUUUAAGGUCGUCUACGGAAACAAGUCUGUGGGCUACUCGUACAGCAAUAAGGAAUUCAGGGUCGACGAGAAUACGCCUUACGAUGCGUACUUCCUUCUAACCGUUGGUGUGACCAAGUCAGAUGGGAAUUACAUCUCUCUCUAUGUGACUCAAGGCAAUUUGCAUCAGGAGAGAGGAUGUCCGGGUCUGAAGAACAAGGCGAAUCAGGUGGAGACUUACAGAGAGGGAAAGAAGACUUGUCGUAACGAGUAUAUCAAACUAUUCGAUGACCCAAAGGUGGUUGUGACCUGUCAGAAGGGCUUCCAUUCUGACGGGGACCUGUCAUCACUGGAGCUCACCUGUGACUUGCAGACCUUCCAGUGGAGGAGUGAGGACGAGGGUGUGUCCAGAGAUGACCUUCGCUGUGUAAUGGGAGAUUCUCAUCAUAGUGAUGAAGACGAUAAUGAUGAUAACGAUGGAGACUCGGCGCGGGUCACCACAGCCGCCGGGCUCCUGGUGAUGGCCACGACUCUUCUCCUUCGUCUCUUCUAAAAAAAUAUAUAUUUUCAGGAUCCUAGAUUUUCCUUCUAAACUAGAUCAUCAGCAGGGUUGAUGAGAACAAUGUAGAUACAAAAAAACACAAGAUUUAUACAGUUCUGAUAUUUAGUGGAUUGUAAUUGUCUUAAUUUAUGAGUUGAAACCGAAUUAACGAUAUAAGUAUCAUGUUUAAUUUGUAUUUAGUCAUAUAUAUAUAUAUAUAUAACAGGGUUUUGCUGGAAGAUGUGGUAUGGAGCCCAUAGCAACACUACUUGAUAUGGAACCGCAAAAAUCAUAGGACUUUCUUCAAAUAUUAUUGUACAGGAGGAUGUACUAGAUACUGUUUAUUAUUUAUUCUUAGUCCUAUAGGAACUAUGGCAUGGCAGUCUUUACCGUAGAUGUUUAUAUAUAUUUUUACGUCGUUACUUAUUAAAUUAUAUAAACAGAAAAUUGAAAAAUGUUAAUUUUUAUAUUUUGUUGAUAAAAGUAAUUCUAACGCAGUUAUUUAUACUUCUAUUUAAGCUAGUAAUUAUUAUUAGAAUAUAAGAAUUAAGGAAACUGCAGAAGGCCUAUUGGCUCAUACGAGGCAGCUCCUAUUAAUAUCCACCCAACCAUAUUCAUAUUCACUGAAUAUCUAAUCUACACCCUUAUUGACAUCUCACCUGUUAUGCCCAUUCAUCCACUUGUAAAAGUCAAUCAUGUCAUCCCUAACUCUUCUCCUUUUUAUGGGCUAUUCAUGCCCGUGCCACCUCUUGAGUAGCUUAAUCCUCAUCAAUCAAUCUUUUCCUUUCUAGAGAAAGAUUAACGUUUUUCAAUCUCUUCAUGAGGAGGGUUUAUAAUUUAUGUGAUUAACUUCAUCCUUCGCUGAACUCAAUCUAUUGAAUUCAUGUCCAUUCUAUAGUAUGGCGAGCAGUUUGUAAUCUAAUUUGAUGAAUGGAGUUUGAUCAUCCUGCCCGGUGGAACAUUUGUACCCAAACGGUUCAGUGGUCUUCAUGUGUGAGUGGUGCAUCACAUUUGAUCCCUCCACAAUUGAGACGUAACAACGAGCUAAAUACGUGACAUUCAGAUGUUAGUUGACCCUUGAGGUCAGCCGGUCAUACCCCCGGAUAGCCAGGACUUGGUGAAAACUAGUAACUACCUUGCCUGUUACAAGAAUUCGAGAAAUGUGUCUGAAGUAAUUUAAGUGUUUCGUGUGCCAAGGCAAACCUGAGAAGACAUUUUUAAAAUAAAAAUAAAAACAAUAA